AUGAACACUGGUACGGAAAGCCACAGCGUUGAUAAAAAUAAGUGGGGCUAUAUCGUUUGCUCUGGAGUAGUGAUUACAUUUAUUGCCGGUAUCGGUCACGUCAACUCCUUCGGGCUUAUUUAUAAUGAUUUUAUUGUUGACACAAACUCCACAGUGAGAUCGUUGACGAUGUCACACGGAGUUUUUGCUGUUAUGCUUGCGCUUGGAGGUUUGAUUCUCAAUAUUAUUUUCAAAAAGCACUCUAUGAGGGUUGGAGGCUUUAUAGGAGCUGCUGUUUUCAGUACUGGCUCAGUACUCACAGUAUUCAUAACAAACACCAAUCAGCUGCCAUUAACAUUUGGCGCCCUACAAGGAAUCGGUUUUGGGAUGAUGGCGCCGGUUUGCUAUUCCACCUUAAACUAUUACUAUAUUAGGAAAAGAACUCAAGUGAUGAGCGUCAUAAAAGCCGUACAAGGAUUUAUUCUAAUGUGGUAUCCGCAACUGAUUAAGAUUUUAAUGACAUAUUAUGGAUUCAGGGGCACUUUGCUAAUAAUAUCGGGUGUGUCACUGCACACAUUCCCAGGGAUGGCCGUAAUGUGGAAAAAUGAACACGUUAAGCGAAAUAAUAGAAUCGCAAAGGAUAACGUUGUUAAAGUAGAAGAAAAUGUAGAUUUGUUAUCAAUUGAAGAUGGAAAACAAACCUUGGAUGCUACAAAAUCAGGCAUACUCGUAGUUCAUAAAAGCAAAGCCCAAAAAUUUUGGGAAGAAUUAUGGAGAUUACUAAAUAUAAAAGUUCUUAAAGAUCCAGUAUUUUGUAACAUCUGCAUUGGUCAGAGUUUUGUAAAUUUCUCAGACCUAACAUUUUUCGUCUUGCAACCUAUGCUGUUAUUCCAAUAUGGUUAUAGCACGACUGAAGUAGCAGCCAGCAUAUCGAUAAGCACUGGUGCAGACGUGGCUGGAAGGUGUAUACUUGCAGUUAUGAGCAGUAUGAUGUCAGUCAAUACAAGAGUUUUAUACUAUGUUGCGACUCUAUUUACAUUUCUCAUCAGAAUUGUGUUGCUACAUGUCAGACGGAAAAGUUUUGUAUUUGUCGUAACUGGUGCAUUGGGCGUGCUUCGAGGAUGGCUUCAUGUUGCCAGUCCACUAGUUAUUUCCAAUCAAGUCUCACACGAGGACUUCCCGGGAGCAUACGCCUUAAGCCUGCUCGCAUCUGGAUUAGUGAAUGUCACAUUCGCCCCAUUCAUAGGUCUCGUAAAAGAUAUCAAUGGAGACUAUGUGCCUGCAUUUUACGCUUUGGUAGCAUGUUGCCUACCUUGUUUAAUGUUUUGGCCUUUGGAGUGCAAGUUAUUGAAACGA